AUGAGUCGUCGAUAUUCGCGCGUCGAGUCCAGCUCGGAUCUGAUGCAGUUCCUGGACCGGGGUCACUCGGCCAAUACGGAAAACCGAUGGACAUUCGAGAUAGCGUGGGAAGUGGCCAACAAAGUUGGAGGUAUAUACACGGUCAUCCGCUCAAAAGCGUUCGUCUCGACCGAGGAGCUGGGCGAUCAGUACUGCCUAAUUGGACCAUACAAGGAAGCGUCCGCGCGCACGGAGGUAGAGGCAUGCGAGUUUCCCAGCAAUGGCCCAUUCUAUCGUGCCGUCACCGCGAUGCGCAAUCAAGGUUAUAAGGUGCACUGUGGCCGAUGGUUGGUAGAUGGCAAUCCGCAAAUUAUCCUGUUCGACAUCGGUUCGGCGGCAUGGAAAAUGGACGGCUAUAAACAGGAGCUCUGGGACUCGUCCAAUAUCGGUAUUCCACAUCUGGACAUUGAGUGCAACGAUGCGAUCAUUCUGGGAUAUACAGUUGCAUCCUUUAUCGAUGAGUUUAAACGCUGCGCUGAGGUAUAUUCACACGAGAACGAAUACGGACCGCCAAGAAUCGUGGCACACUUCCACGAAUGGCAAGCGGGUGUGGGAUUGAUAGCACUACGAACACGUCAGGUGGACGUCGCAACCGUCUUUACCACGCACGCCACUCUGCUCGGACGGUACCUUUGUGCGGGCAAUACCGAUUUCUACAACAAUCUCGACAAAUUCCCGGUGGAUGAAGAAGCCGGUAAGCGUCAAAUCUACCACCGGUACUGUCUGGAGCGGGCGGCCUCACAUCUGUCGCACGUGUUUACCACCGUUUCGGAGAUCACGGGUUACGAGGCGGAACAUCUGCUCAAGCGCAAACCGGAUAUCAUCACACCGAACGGGCUGAACGUGAAAAAGUUUGCGGCCAUUCACGAGUUCCAGAACAUGCACGCGAUGGCGAAAGAGAAGAUACACGAGUUUACGCGGGGUCACUUUUACGGGCACUUCAACUUCAAUAUUGAAAAAACGCUGUACAUGUUCAUAGCGGGUCGGUACGAGUUUACGAACAAGGGGGCGGACAUUUUCAUCGAGGCGCUAGCCCGUUUGAAUCACAUGCUGAAGUCGAACAAUUCGGACGUGACGGUUGUGGCAUUUCUCAUCUUUCCUGCUAAAACUAACAACUUUAACGUGGAAUCAUUGCGGGGCCACGCGGUCACAAAACAGCUGCGAGACACGAUCAACAGCAUACAACAGGAUAUUGGCAAGCGAAUGUACGAGACGUGUCUGCAGGGCCAGCUACCCGAGGGUACGGAAAUACUGACGAAAGAGGAUAUUGUAAAGAUCAAGCGUUGCCUGUAUGCACUGCAAAGGGAUGGCAAUCCACCCGUCACCACGCACAACGUGGUGGAUGACUGGAAUGAUCCGGUACUGGACUCGAUUCGUCGAUGUCAUCUCUUCAACACCAAAUACGAUCGUGUGAAGGUCGUGUUCCAUCCUGAGUUUCUCAACUCGACCAAUCCACUGUUCGGGCUUGACUAUGAAGAAUUCGUACGCGGUUGCCAUCUAGGUGUGUUUCCGUCCUACUACGAACCGUGGGGAUAUACUCCGGCCGAGUGUACUGUGAUGGGUAUACCGAGCAUCACUACGAAUCUGUCUGGUUUCGGGUGCUUCAUGCACGAACACGUUGCAGAUCCCAAAUCUUACGGUAUCUACAUCGUCGAUCGGCGCCACGUAGGGCUGGAGGAGAGCGUCCAACAGUUGUCAAAGUUUAUGUUUGAGUUUUCCAAGUUGAACCGCCGCCAACGUAUCAUCCAGCGCAACCGUACAGAGCGCUUGAGUGAUCUAUUGGAUUGGAGAAAUCUAGGAAUUUAUUACCGUCAAGCUAGAGUGAAAGCCCUGCAAAGAGUGUAUCCCGAUUAUGUGGACGAGUCGACCGAAUACUUAAAACGAGCGACAGACUUCACAUAUCCACGACCGAUCAGUGCUCCACCAAGCCCGAGCUCAUCCAGACAUACCACACCGGCACCUUCCUUGCACGGUUCAGAUGAUGAGCAGGAUUCAGUUGAUUCAGAGGAAGAACUGCAGGAGCUUAAAAUGAACUCGCACCACUAG